AUGGCGCUGUUUUCUUUGGGAUUGCUCAACACUUUGGGCUUGGUUAUCGGUCUCGCCAUCUUCUACUACCUAGGCAACGUCGUCUACCUCCUCUUCUUUCACCCGCUCGCCAAGUUCCCCGGCCCGAUAUGGAUGCGCAUCUCCCGUGCGCCGUUCUGCUACAAGCUGUGCGUGGGCUCGCUGCCCUUCGACAUGCUGGAUCUGCAUAAGAAGUACGGCCCCGUGGUGCGCAUCGCCCCCGACGAGCUGGCAUUCCACGACUCGCGCGCUUGGAAGGAUAUCAUGGGCCACAAGACGCAGAGCGGCGCCGAGAUGGAGAAGUCAAUGAGGUUCUACCGCGCCGUCCCCAACGCGCCGGCCGACAUCGUCAGCUCCGGCCGCGAGGAGCACUCCACCCUGCGCCGCUCGCUGGCCCACGGCUUCAGCGAGCGUAGCAUGCGCGACCAGCAGCCGAUGAUCAAGGGCUACGUCGACCUGCUGAUCAAGAGGCUUCACGAGCAUGGCGCAAACGGCGGCAAGGCGCUGGACCUCGCGGCCUGGUACAACUACACGACCUUUGACGUGAUCGGCGACCUCGCCUUUGGUGAAUCCUUCGGGUGCCUGGACGGCUCCGACUACCAUCCGUGGGUCAAGGCGAUUUUUCAGAUGGCGCGCGUCGGUACAGUGUUGCAGACGGGCACCCACUACCCUUUCGUCCUGAAGCUCUUCAUGGCCCUGAUCCCCGAGAAGGUGAAGCGUGAACAGUCGCAGCACGACGAGUUCACCGAGGCAAAGCUGAGGCGGCGCAUGGAUCUGGGCCAGGAGCGGCCGGACCUGCUCGAGGGACUGCUGAGGAAGAAAGAUGAAUGGGUGUGUAUCCCCCUUCCCCGGUUCCCGAGGUUUCGAGGUGGGACUAACGAGAGGGUGCAGAACAUGAGCUUUGACAAGCUGAAGGCCAACAGCAGCAUCCUCAUCAUCGGCGGGUCCGAGACCACGGCCACUCUGCUUUCCGGCGCGACCUACUACCUGCUCAUGAACCCCGACGCCCUCAAGAAGUUGACCGACGAGAUUCGUUCCACCUUCAAGGACGAGAGUGAAAUCGACUUCCAGUCCGUCAGCAACCUGCCCUACUUGCUCGCAUGUCUCGAGGAAGCGUUGCGUCUGUAUCCUCCCGUCCCGAUCGGACUGCCCCGCGUUGUCCCCAAGGGAGGCGCAAAUAUCGCCGACCACUACGUUCCCGAGGAUACAACUGUUUCCAUCUAUCAAUGGGCCAUGUACCACUCCGAGAAGAACUUCCGCGACCCCUUCGGCUUCCACCCUGAGAGGUGGCUGCAGGAUCCGGCUUUCGCGACCGACAACAAGGAGGCCUUCCAGCCGUUCCACGUUGGGCCCCGUAACUGCAUUGGCAGAAACCUGGCUUACGUUGAGAUGCGUCUUAUCCUCACCCGCGUCCUCUGGAACUUCGACAUCAAGAUUGCCGAUGACAGCACCGACUGGGCUCCCAAGCAAAAGAUCUACUUGUUGUGGGAGAAGGGCCCUCUGAAUGCCUACCUGACGCCGGUUCAGCGUUCUUGA